AGUGCUGAACUAGCGCCUACAAUAGGCACUAAGAACUUAGUCAUAGGCGCAUAACGAAAGCCUAUUCAGGUGUUAAAGAACAUUUGUUGUUGUUCUCUUUACCUGAGGGUCCAUCUACGUCCAUUGUAACAAGCUAAGAAAAGAAUUUAUUUAUUUUUUACCAAAAGUGAAAUCAUUAUUUUUAAACAUAAAAGUGACUCAUGCAAGAAUGACUCUUGAAUCUCCGAGUAUACUAAUCAUUUCUAUAACUAUAGAGUGAAGAGAUACUUGAAGAGACUAGAAAUUACUUCUUAAGGCUUACUAUGAAUGACUGUAUGAUAUCGUUCUGUACAGUCACACUGUAGCCUCACGUGAACAAGAAUUCGAAUUAAAUAUCAGCUCCUUCUUUUCUUUUCUUUCUUUCUUUCUUUCUUCUUUAUCAUAUAUGUCUAGUUAUAACUAUAUUAUUAAAUACAUUAUUGUUGGUGAUUCUGGUGUAGGAAAGUCUUGUCUAUUGCUUCAAUUUACAGACAAACGAUUUUAUGCUGGACGCGAAUUAACCAUAGGUGUCGAAUUUGGUACUCGAUUCCUUACAUUGCAUGAUGGAAAGCAAAUCAAAUUACAGAUAUGGGACACAGCUGGACAAGAAAGCUUUCGAAGUAUCACACAGAGUUAUUAUCGAGGAGCAGCAGGUGCAUUGUUGGUCUAUGAUAUCUCUAGAAGAGAAACAUUUGAACAUGUAUCGACAUGGUUAGCAGAUAUUCGAACACACGCAAACCCACAUACAACCAUUGUCUUGGUAGGUAAUAAAUGUGAUCUGGAUGAUCGCCAGAGACAAGUGACUUUUGAAGAAGGCGAGAAAUUCGCUCAAGAGAACGGCAUCCCACUCUUUAUUGAGACCUCAGCUAAAUCAGCUGAAAAUGUUGAAAAUGUCUUUGCUCAAACAGCCGAGAAUGUGUAUGAAAAGAUUCAAUCAGGCGUAUUCUCACCUAAUGAAACAUCAGGUAUACGAUUAGGCCAUACACAGAGUGCAUUGGCUGAAGAAACACAAGGAGGGUGUUGUUAAACUCUCUUUAAGCGUGCUAAUGUUUCCAUUGUAAUGAGCCGAAUACCAUCAUUAGCAUUCAAUUGUC